AUGUCGAAAAAUGGACUCCUUGUGAGAAUAGUUGGUGAUAGAUCGACUAACCCAGGUCCAGCAGAGUUCAAUACAAGGACAAAACCUGGUGAUGACUCUCCACAAUGGACAAUUAAAAAUAAAUAUCCAGAAAAAAUCGAAGCAAUUGAUGUACCAUAUAGUGACAUUGCAUCUACAAUUGGCGAAGGUCCAAAGAUUUCGAUGCACUCACGUCCACAAGAACGCGCCCUAUCUGAUUCACCAGGACCAAAUUAUAUUCCUCCAUCUUUAGGCUCAGAUGCACCGAAAGUUUCAAUGACAUCUCGUCAUGAUAACACUAAAUAUAAUGACAAUCCAGGUCCAGGUGCAUACGACAUCAAAGAUUCAAAUAACGGUCCUGCAUAUACGUUAAAGGGAAGAACGGAAAGCCCAGAUGCUAGUACAGCUUCACCAGGCCCUGCUGCAUACAAUCCUAACUACAAUGCAACUAUGAAGAACUCUCCUUCUCCAACUAUGCACGGCCGUCCAACAGAUCGUAACAUCGAAGUAACUCCAGGUCCAUCAGACUAUGCUAUUUCUCGUGAUCUUGGCGGUCCACAAAUUUCUAUGCAUAUUAGACCUACUGAGAAUCAAAAAGAAGGCGGCCCAGGUCCUGGCGCGUACAGUCCACAAGAUCUUGAUGGUCGUGGUCCAAGUUACACCAUGAAAGGUCGUCAUGAUCUUCCACAAGAUGUCAACACCGCACCUUAUAGAGAUCUUCCAACAACCAUUGGCGAAGGUCCAAAGAUUUCGAUGCACUCACGUCCACAAGAACGCGCCCUAUCUGAUUCACCAGGACCAAAUUAUAUUCCUCCAUCUUUAGGCUCAGAUGCACCGAAAGUUUCAAUGACAUCUCGUCAUGAUAACACUAAAUAUAAUGACAAUCCAGGUCCAGGUGCAUACGACAUCAAAGAUUCAAAUAACGGUCCUGCAUAUACGUUAAAGGGAAGAACGGAAAGCCCAGAUGCUAGUACAGCUUCACCAGGCCCUGCUGCAUACAAUCCUAACUACAAUGCAACUAUGAAGAACUCUCCUUCUCCAACUAUGCACGGCCGUCCAACAGAUCGUAACAUCGAAGUAACUCCAGGUCCAUCAGACUAUGCUAUUUCUCGUGAUCUUGGCGGUCCACAAAUUUCUAUGCAUAUUAGACCUACUGAGAAUCAAAAAGAAGGCGGCCCAGGUCCUGGCGCGUACAGUCCACAAGAUCUUGAUGGUCGUGGUCCAAGUUACACCAUGAAAGGUCGUCAUGAUCUUCCACAAGAUGUCAACACCGCACCUUAUAGAGAUCUUCCAACAACCAUUGGCGAAGGUCCAAAGAUUUCGAUGCACUCACGUCCACAAGAACGCGCCCUAUCUGAUUCACCAGGACCAAAUUAUAUUCCUCCAUCUUUAGGCUCAGAUGCACCGAAAGUUUCAAUGACAUCUCGUCAUGAUAACACUAAAUAUAAUGACAAUCCAGGUCCAGGUGCAUACGACAUCAAAGAUUCAAAUAACGGUCCUGCAUAUACGUUAAAGGGAAGAACGGAAAGCCCAGAUGCUAGUACAGCUUCACCAGGCCCUGCUGCAUACAAUCCUAACUACAAUGCAACUAUGAAGAAUUCUCCUUCUCCAACUAUGCACGGCCGUCCAACAGAUCGUAACAUCGAAGUAACUCCAGGUCCAUCAGACUAUGCUAUUUCUCGUGAUCUUGGCGGUCCACAAAUUUCUAUGCAUAUUAGACCUACUGAGAAUCAAAAAGAAGGCGGCCCAGGUCCUGGCGCGUACAGUCCACAAGAUCUUGAUGGUCGUGGUCCAAGUUACACCAUGA